AUACACAGACUUUUCUCCACCCCAUGCAUCAGGACUUGCACUAUUUCCCCUUCCGGCCUGCGGAUCGCAUCGUCUGCUCCUGGACCGCCAUGGAGAGGGCCGACCAGAACAACGGCUGCCUGGUCGUGCAGCCAGGGACGCACAAGGAGCCCCUGAAGCCGCACGGCUAUCCAAAGUGGGAGGGUAAAACCAACAAACUUUUCCAUGGGUUGAUUGAUGAGGAUGAGAAGAGUCCCAGGGUUCACCUUGUCAUGGAGAAGGGAGACACCGUGUUCUUCCAUCCCCUGCUCAUUCAUGGCUCUGGGAUAAACAAGACAUCGGGUUUCCGAAAGAGUAUAAGCUGUCACUUCGCCAGCUCAGAGUGCUACUACAUUGACGUCAAGAACACGAGCCAAGAGGACAUAGAGAAAGAACUGGUAGAAAUGGUUCACAAGAAAUACAACGCGACUUCCGUGGAGCUCAGGGAUAUUUGGAUGUUCCGAGCACGGCUUGUGCAAGGGGAAAGAAUGACCCUGUAG